GGGAGCUCAAUUCUGGGAUUGGAGCGCGAAGCCGGCGUCCCUCCUGGACGCGCCGUGCAUUGUGGGUUGAGAACAAGCGGAGCCGAUUUGGCGUUCCUGGCGAUGAAGCGGGUGCCAGGCUAGGAGACGGCGCCGAGACAUUUGAAUUAGCUUUAGCAGAAGAGAGAUGGAGGAGCCAUAGUCUAUUAAGGAUGAAUUCAGGAAGGCCUGAGACCAUGGAAAACUUGCCUGCACUCUAUACUAUUUUUCAAGGAGAGGUUGCUAUGGUGACAGACUAUGGAGCCUUUAUCAAAAUCCCAGGCUGUCGGAAGCAAGGUCUGGUCCAUCGAACUCACAUGUCAUCCUGUCGAGUGGACAAGCCUUCUGAAAUAGUAGAUGUUGGAGACAAAGUGUGGGUGAAGCUUAUUGGCCGAGAGAUGAAAAAUGAUAGAAUAAAAGUGUCCCUCUCCAUGAAAGUUGUCAACCAAGGAACUGGGAAAGACCUCGAUCCCAACAACGUUAUCAUUGAGCAAGAAGAGAGGCGGAGGCGCUCCUUCCAGGAUUACACUGGGCAGAAGAUCACCCUCGAGGCUGUCCUGAACACCAUCUGCAAAAAGUGUGGCUGCAAAGGCCACUUUGCAAAAGACUGUUUCAUGCAGCCAGGUGGAACCAAGUAUUCUCUGAUCCCUGAGGAGGAAGAGGAAAAAGAAGAGGCAAAGGAAGAAGGAAUUGAGAAGCCUGAUCCCACAAAGAAUUCUUCCAGAAAAAGAAAAAAGGAAAAGAAGAAAAAGAAACACAGAGACAGGAAGUCGUCUGACUGCGACAGCUCCGAUUCUGAGAGUGAUAUGGGCAAGAAGGCCAGGCAUGCAUCAAAGGACAGCAAGGCUCCAAAGAAGAAAAAGAAGAAGAAGAAGCACAAGAAGCACAAAGAAUGAGGGUGGGAUGGCCGUGGUAGCCCUGGCUCCUGGAAGACUCAGUAGUGAGACUAUGGCCUCCCACCCCACUGACUUUGUCCCUGUGCGCUCAGAUGGCUUCUCCUUGUGUAGCCAGCAGCUUGAGAAGCUAGCGGGCAGCCCCCAAAAUGGUUUUUCCUUAUUGCUUCUGAUCCCUUUGCAAGUGACCCCCACAGCCAUUGCAUUCAUGUACACAAUUUCCUUAUUCGGCAGAAGGUUCUAGUACCAUCCCCGGCUGCCACUGCCAGAGCUGGAUCCCUUUGCAGGAGUCCAGGCUAGAGCCACAGGUGCUACUGUGGAGGUGAGCCUGGCUGUGGUGGGAGAGCAAAGUGAGCAGCCUCCGCCUGCCUGCUGUCUGGGACCAGUUGUGGGUAGACUCUGCAGCCUCUAUUGAAGGCAGGAGGGAGAAGUAUUGUUCAUUUCCUCAACCUGGGCCUGUGCUCAGACAGUCUUUGCAGUGACUGCUGAGCCAGAGAUCUGAAGCCAAGGUCAUUGCUCUGCCUUCUGUAUCACUAUGUGAGUGACUGGUUCCAUUGCAGGUCUCUGCUUAAAUUCCUGGCAUAAAUGGAAAUGUGUUUGGUUUUAAA